UUGUUGUUGUAGGACCUGGCCUGAGUCGAGAACACAAGAUGAGUUUAGGGAAGGCAUAACGUUGCCGGGAUGUUAAUCGAAGACUUGGCCUUGUUUGGUUCACAUGAAUGGCUUAACUAUUCCUCCCUUAUUCAACAUAGUAAAACUAUUCAACGGUUUGGUUGGCUGUAAAACCUAUUCCAUUGAAUAGCCAUUACAGCCUGAUUCCUCAAAACCACUGAAUAGCAAUUCAAUGCCAUCUCUAAUGAAUGGCUAUUUAACGCUUCCAGUAAUAUACAAAAUUAUUUUUCUUUCCUUUUCUACUCAUCUUACAUCCUCUUAAAACUCCCAACUCCUCACCAUUCUCCCAAUAUACUUGUGUAGAACCUUUGGAGUGAGCAAGAAGAGAGGUUUGAAAGAACAACAGCAGCAACCAUGGCGAAGAAGAUCAGCGUAACAAAGAAAACCUUGACUCCAGGUUUAAUCAAACCCUCAAGAAUGUCUAAGGGGCAUUCACUGUAUCAGGAAAGCUGAAGCCGGAAGAUGCUAUUCGGGCUAUGCUUUCUUCUCUACCUGAUGAAGUUCUGGAUACUGUUGGCCUUACAGCUCUACCAUCUAAAGAUUUUGUUUCGGAAAGAAGAAGGAAGCUAGAGUACCUUGAUAUGCAGGAAGAACUGAUCAAGGAGGAGGAAGAGAAAGAAGAAGAAGAGUUGGCAAGGAUAAAGGAAUCUAAGGCUAAAAAAUAGGAUGUGGCAUUGAAAGAGAUGACUGUCCCAACAGCUAGAGAAGCACAAAAACAGGCUAUAGCAAGAGCGUUAGAAAAAAGAUAUCAGCUUUGUGAAAUCAGUUGUGCAUUGGUUGUUUUAACUUCAGCAUCUUCUAUGAGCAGAGAGCGAGAAGAGUUCCUUGGUCUUGUAAAUAAGGAGAUAGAACUUUAUAAUAGCAUGGUAGACAAAAAGGGUACAGAUGGUGAAAAAGAUGCCAUUAAGGCAUAUAGAUUGCAAGAGAGGAAACUGACCAUUCUGGUGAAGUGUCUGAUAGUGAUGAGGUUUCUUCAGUGCUUAUUGAAAAAGUUGAUGCUAUGCUCCAAAAUCUUGAGAAGGAAAUAGAUGAUGUAGAUGCCAAAAUUGGUGAUCGUUGGCGAGUACUUGACAGGGAUCACGCCGGGAAAGUCACUCCUGAGGAGGUGGCUGCUGCUGCUCAAUACUUAAAGGAUAUGCUAGGAAAGGAGGGUGUGCAAGAUGAUAAUCUGUUGAUAAGGAACAAGUGUUUUAAUUUAACUAUAUAAAAAUAUAAAUGAUAUGUUUAUAAAGAUGAUAAUCUGUUGAUUCA